GCGUGGACCCGACAUUUCUGUUCGUCCCGGCCCCACACCCGUCUCACGCCCGCUCUCAGCCGCAGCAGGUGAGUACACAAUGGGUAGCAAGUAUGGGGCAAGCUCGGUGUCGGCAGUGGCGGCCUGGGCGUUGCCUCUGAACGAUCUCAGCCGCCAUGGAGGCGCACUCGAGACAAUUAGCGACUUAGAGGCUAUGGUGGCGUCGAACCCCACGCUGACGCCACCAUUUGCAACCUCACGCAGAAAUCCACGACAUGCGCUCGAGCCCAAUCCUUUCGAGAAGAGUUUCGGAUCAAACCCCGCCGAUGCCGAAGGAAAUGACGCGGGGGGUGAGGAGAAAGCGGCUGCUUCUCCGUCCCCUCGGAACAAGUCGGGCGCUUUGCCUGCCCCGACGCCAUCGAAGGUGGCCAAAGAGACGAGCAACAAGAAGGAUGAGAACGGCGCUGCAGCUCAGAAGCAGGGCAACGCCCACGAAGGUCACCAUGGUCCUCGACUACCAUCAGUCGCGGCACUCACAUCACCAUCUGGUGAAGGUAAUGCUACAACUUCUUAUCCCUGGCCUUCAUCUCUUGGCUCUCUCCGAGCCGGUCCCCUGAGCCCAGCGAUGCUUGCUGGACCUGCCGCUGCUAAUGGCAAUGGUCAGAACAGCGGCUCAGCGUUCGAUGUCUCGGCGUAUCGGACCGGCUUCACGCCAGAUCUUAGCAACUUCAAGACCGGUCUCACGCCCGUGGGCAGCGGCGGUGCUGCUUUCCCUCCACCCAGCCCUGGCACAGCUGCUUUCCUCGCCAUGAUCACUCACGGAGGAGGACCUGGUUUGACUCCGGGAACGCUCAAUGCUCUUACAGGUGCGAAUGGAAUGCAGGACAAUGGUCAUCUGGGCGCUCAGCAAAGUGGUCGCGAAGGUGAUCAGUUUGCCAUGGCGUUCCAGCAAAGUAUGGGACAUCACGGCACUGAUGGUGCGCAUGGAGCAAAGCCCGGCAGUCGGCUGAGGCCCACCAGUGCGGAGGCGGCCAGCGGCGCGACGUUGAACCCAGAUCAAACGCGUCACGCUCCGGAAGGCAAGAAGAGCAAGCGCGGCGGCGAGCAAGGAGGCAUCAAGACAAAGACCACUGGCGGUGGUGCAAACAAUGGGUCUCAGAAUGGCGCCUCCGACAACGCAGCUAGUGGUCUUUUUCUCCUAUCUCAAGCACAUCAAGAGCUUGCCAAAAGGGAAGACGAGGCUGCGACCGCUGCGGCGCACGCUUUAUCGGGAGCCAAUUCCCAUCAGAAUGGUGUUGCCCUACCCAAGAAGGGCUCGGGCAACAAACGCAAAAACACCGGUGGAAGCUCAAGUGGACGAGGUGGCGGAAAGAAGGCAAAGACGCCGCACAGCGAAGCGGGAUCCCUUGGGAGCCCUGGGCCCGGAAGCGACGAUGAGAUGGAGGAGUUUGACAAGAAUGGCGAACCCCUUGACGACGAAGAGAAGCGCAAGAACUUCUUGGAGCGCAACAGACAAGCUGCGCUCAAAUGCCGACAGAGGAAGAAGGCUUGGUUGCAGCAGCUUCAACAGCGAGCUGAAAUGCUUCAGAACGACAAUGAGCAUCUACGUGAUAACAUCGGCGCGUUGCGAGGGGAGAUUGCCUUUCUCAAAACGCAACUCAUGGCAGCGCAAGCUCAGUUAGCUGGUGGUCUGCCGCCAGGAUCUAUGGGCGAGGCAGGAGGGCCUGUGCACAGCAUACCUGGUCCGCAUGGCGUGAUCCCUGUCAGCGCUGCGCAAGGCGGUGGCCUACCUCCCGGCGUACCAUUACCGAGCGGGCUCAGCAUGAAUAUGAACACCUCUGUGCACCCGGCUCACAUUGCUGGUGUCGGGCCUGGCACCUGUCAAGCUCAUGCAGUGCCCAGACCCACGCACAUACCUGAUUUGCAACCUCUCAAAACGCUUGCAUGA